AUUUUCAGCCCACGACUUGUUUCGAUAUGAACGAGUCUUUUAAUGAGUCUGAACAAGAUGCCAUGGCUAUGGCUCAGGAGAUGCUAUUGGACAUGUACCGUGCCAAUCGCUCCAUUGCUCAACCCUGGUAUUCGAUCUUCACCCUGGUAUACACGUUUCUCAUUGGAACCGCCUUUGGCGCCAACACGUUGGUGUUCCUCUCCGUGAUUCGUCGGAAAGAGAUCUGGAGUGCAAGGAACAUUUUCAUCUUGAACCUGACCCUUGCCGAUAUGCUCCUCUGUGUCACCAUGACAUUUAGCGCCGUGGAUGUCCUAACCAAAUAUUGGCCUUUCGGCCAUGAUAGUCUCUACUUGUGUCGAACUGUGAAGGCUGCCCCUUGCUUUGUGGUCUAUAUGACCUCUCUGACCAUUGUGGUCAUAGCCUUUGAUCGAUAUUGGUGUAUCGUGAGGCCAAAUUCUAGACAACUCUCGGCUGUUCAGGCCAUUGCCAUAUUAUUGGUCCUGAUCCUCAUCUCGCUUCUAAUGUCUACACCCAUCUAUAAUAACUCUCAUCUUCACGUACCUGCUGCCCUCCAAUCCUCGUCGGACAAUGAAGGCCAACAAGGCUCAUCCAAUGAGAAUGAAAAUCAAGAAGAGAGCGCCGAUGUCACCAUCGAUUUUGAUAUUCCUUGGUCAGAGAUCGUCUUCUGCAUCGAGGAUUGGAACAUGCAAGGCAAUGGGUCCACCUCUCUAAUUCACUCCAACAACCAACGUCACUUGUAUUCCAUAUUCUCGUUGGUGUGUCAAUUUGGCAUCCCCUUGGUCAUCAUUUCGGUUUUGUACAUGCUGAUCUAUUCCUAUCUCCAAAAAAACCGCAUUGUCCGCAAAGAGAAGGUGUCCGACCGGAAGCGGGCCCGUCGAACCAAUACGAUGCUCUUUGUUAUCUCGUUGUUAUUUUGUCUCUGUUGGCUACCCUUAAACGGACUCAGUCUGGUCAUUGAUUCCACCAAUUUGUUUGAGGAUAAACACGAGCUGAUGCUGAUCGUGUUCAUCAUUUGUCACGUCAUUGGCAUGUCAUCCGCAUGCAUCAAUCCAAUUUUAUACGGCUAUCGGAAUGAAGGCGUGCGCAAUGAGAUUUCUGGCAUUUUCAAGCGGUUCUCAACCAGAAACUCUCCAUCAUCCGGGAGGAAACGUCCCAGGAACUUGCUUGAGAUGAGGGUGGCUAGUCCCAAACAAAACAACAGUAACUCGCCUGAAAUAGUAGUGGAUGAGCAUCAACCAGAUUGUUCCCACUCAACGGAUCAACCCUCGGACUAUAUUGGUGGCGUCAGUGACAAUGAGAUCUCGAAUAGUGGAGUCACAGCAAGUAUCCGAUAUUGUUCCGUGAUUCGUCCCGACUUCAUGCGUUCUCCAUCUAUCAAUAGUGUUCCAGAAUCAAGAACAUCGUCUUUAAAUCCCAUGAUCUUUAAGCAAUUACCCACUAGAGUCUCGUCUUUCGACGAAUCAUCUUUCAUAAGACCCAUUCCAACCUUGAAAGUCUCGAGCAUUUGAAUUCUCAUCCAUAUUCAUUUGAAGCAACUUGACUCUGCGAAAUUCAACUUGUGGUCCAACUUAGAGAGAAACUUUUGAGCCCAGUUUCUCCCUUAAUUGGGCUUCUUAUCAAGAAAAAGUCCGAUGGAAGAGGAUUUGAAAGUGGGAACGAGUUUGGGUACCUGCGGACUUCUGUUCUCAAAAGUCUCCAAAGUCUAUUCAUUCUUCAAACUUGUCAGAUUUACAUGCGAACAGAGUGAUAAUUGUGAUAUUUUACUCAUCCAAGCCAUCUUAUUGAGGAGGUUGUGAAAGUUUUAUCCUUGAACAAGACGUCAUGUUUAACCGGUUCUGGCUCCUUAAAUGUGAAAUAUAAUUUAUUAAUUGUU